AUGAACGGCUGGAUGGAAGAGCUAGCCCUUACAUUCCUUCCAUUGAACAGCAAGCCUCCAGACUUACGCAAGCACACAGACGCUUUCAUCCGCAAGGUCAAAACCCAUCCCUAUGGACGGACAGAUCAAUUUGCGGUCGCGGACAAGCUUGCCGGACUCGAAGAGAAAUUGCUGGUUCUCAAUCUAGACGACGUUGCGGAAGAACUAUAUUCUGGCCGGAUAGAAUUGAGCAGACACAAUGAGCACUGGAUUCCAGACGUCCUCGAUCUUCUACUCCAUCUAUCAUACGAACCGGCAAAGUACAGCCGGGUGGAGAAUCUUCAAAAGCUCCGUCCUCGACCCGAGACUCCUCCGCCGCUGACAUGGGCUGAGGUCGAGGAAGAUGACCCUGUCGACCAUCAUGAUCAGAUCUGGCAGAUCCCGGAUUACGGUGACCUCAGUUCUGAUGACGACGAAAUACUCCUCUCCAGCACCAAGACAUCUCCUGUGAGUGUACAGAAAAGGGAGGCCAGUGUUGGAGUGGACAGGAUUCUUGACGCGUCUGAGGACGACCGAGGUGGCAUCGCGCUUGUCGACCUGAAGGCCGCUCAGUUUUGGCGUGAUCUUGAAUCGGAGCAGAUUGUGUACGUGGAUGAGAAGCAAGCUGUCAGAGAGGUGCUGUUCAUGCUGGGCGGCUUCCCAACGGCCAUGUUUACCUUCUCCGAUGGUGGGAUUCGGCUCACUCCAACAUACCAAAUUCGUCACCUUGAAAGCAGUGCUUCCCAUGCAUUGAUGAGUACAGCAACUGCUCUUGGUUCAUCAAUCGAUCGUGUACGUCGGUGGGUGAAUACACCGCAAGACGUCCCGGUGAUGCAGCUCAUCCAAGUUGGUAUCGGAAACGUUUUAGCGGACUUCGAGCGGGCAUUGUCUGAAGUGGAAUACGAUAUCUUGCAUGAAACCUCACGUACCGGAAUCAUCAGCCUUCUCCAGAUUUUGCAGACUGUGAGGAAGGAUAGCAAUUGCCUGGUGACCCUUGGUACAGUUACACAGGAUCUACCACAAAAUGACUCCAUUAGAUCCUUGGAUGCACUCUACAACCAACUAGACAAAGCAUACUCGGCUUGCGACUCGGCUGCUUUUGAGACCCUUCUCCCAAUCUUCAUCUCCGCCUUGAAGCUAUAUGCCAAACCCCUUGAUAUAUGGUUACACACGGGGACAUUGGACCCUUCCGCUCCAUUCUUCAUAGAUGCCAACAAAGGCACGAGACAUGGAGCAACACUUUGGCACAACUGGUUUGCGAUAUCCCGUGAGAGUGAAAAGCAGGUGCCGAUUUGCCUGCGACCCUUCGCCGAACGGAUCCUUGCGACUGGCAAGACUGCCGCCUUUCUGCAGCAUCUAGGACGACCGAACAUCAGUCAUGGCGAAGCGUCACUGGGUUUAACUCCUGCGGUGAAAGAGUCGCUUCAUAUGAUUGAUGGGUCACAAAUGCCUUUCUCGAUAACUUUUGAGACGGUCCUAGGCCGCCACCUCGAUGCUCUCCUGGCUCGAACCACAAGAGCUUUGAAAGAAUUGCUUGAAGGACAUUGCGGGCUCACACGGCUCCUGGAUGCCUUCGACUACCUUUAUUUCGGUGUCAACGGCGCCAUGUUGGACGGCGUUGAAGCACGACUAUUUGACCGUAUCGACCGCUGCCUGGAGAUGUGGAACGACCAUUUCCUAGUGGGAGACCUAUUGGCAGAAGCGUGUCGGGACGUUCAUUGCGUCGAUGCAGACUUGAUAGCAGUCCACUCGGUACGCACAUCGUCUCGUAGCAUGGCGAGUCGCCGACGCUCAGUCAAGAUCCUCGGCGCCAUGACAGUUUCGUAUCAUGUCAGCUGGCCUCUCGCCAAUAUCGUUCUGCCAGCCUCGAUGACAUCGUAUCAACGGAUUGGUCUGCUGCUAGCUCAGAUCCGCCGGGCCAUUUUCGUUCUCCAACAUCGGGCUUACUUCUGCGUACAGCAUACACUUUUUGGCAUGGACAUGAACCAGGAUGAGAAUGAUCGAAAGAGAGCACGAGCCGUCCAUGCAAUGCUACUACAGUUUGUCAAUGUUGUCUACGCACAUUUGACAACGUGCACAAUCACGCCACUGACAUCGACGAUGCGAGUCGCAUUGACUUCUGCUUCUGCCGCCACCGGCACCGUCGAUGAUAUGAUUGCCAUACACACGGCCUACAUUCGCGCUCUGGAGCACGCUUGUCUCGCCAGCGACCGCAUCAAGCCGCUACGAGAGAGCCUGCUGGCCAUCUUGGAUCUCUGCAUCCGCUUCACCGACCUCGUCACUUCGCCCGGGACAGCCGCAACGGUGCACUCUGGUGAUGGGUCUGGCGACAUGGAUUUUGAAGCCAGUUCAUUCAUCUCGGCACGCAGACACCGACGGCGGCGGCGGCAGCACAGAAAUUCCAACGUGAAUGCUCAACGGCGCAUGGAGUCUUCGUCGUCGGACGAUGAUGAUGGCAUGCAUGAGGACGACGAUGGAGACGCAGGGGAGGGAUACUCUACGUUCAUGUUGGACGACGACAGCUCGAUGAUGGAGGAGAUUGGCAAGGUACGCGAAGCAUUCGUCAAGCACGCUUCUUUCCUAAUCGCCGGGCUGAGGGCCGUUGCUAGGAGUUCGGGUCAGGUGGGCGACGGGUUCGAGCUGCUUGCGGAUUCACUGGAUGGGUCUAUUCCGCCCACGGGCAUAGGCAAAGGCACAUUGAGACGAGACGAUUUGUGA